UUCGGUUUGUUCGGUAUUUCAUUAACGGUUAAUGUGUCGUUUCAAAACUCGACGGCCAAAGUAUCAUUUGAUUGGAAUCAGUAGUAAACGGAACACAUUUGAGUUUUGUUCAGAAACAAUCAAAGACUUGUAGCACAAUUUUAUUUGUUGGCUGCCAGAAAACCAGCUGCGCGACCCUUGUUGAUCUGUCAAUGUAAAUACAACACCGUCGAUUUUACAGAAUUCAUUAUCAAUUUUUCAAAAGAGUCAAAUUAUGGCCAACACCACACUGACACACCUCAAAGCCAUGAAGCAGCGCGGCGAAAAAAUUGCCAUGUUGACCUGUUAUGACGCGACUUUUGCUCAUACAGCAUCCCAUGCAGGCGUUGAUAUAUUGCUCAUUGGUGACAGCCUGGGAAUGACCAUUCAGGGACUCGAAAACACAAUUCCCGUCCGCCUUGAUGACAUGAUUUACCACACUGCGUGCGUUAAUCGUGGCAACAGCGGCAGAUUUAUCAUCGGCGAUCUGUCCUUCAUGACCUAUGCAUCGUUAGAACAGGCACUGGAAAGCAGUGCACGUCUGAUGCAGGCCGGUGCGCAUAUGGUGAAGAUGGAAGGUGGUGAGUGGCUGUGCGAGGCGAUAAUGCAUCUCACAAGAAAUGGCAUCCCUGUGUGUGCUCAUAUCGGCCUUACACCGCAGUCAGUUAACGUUUUUGGUGGAUUUAAGAUUCAGGGACGAGGCGAGAAGCAAGCUGCUGAGCUAAUUGAAACAGCGCGCAAGCUGGAGAUAGCUGGAGCGGCGAUAUUAGUGGUGGAGUGCGUUCCGGCUUCACUUGGUAAGGCCAUUACUGAAGCUGUUAGCGUGCCGGUCAUUGGUAUUGGUGCCGGUGCUGAUACGGAUGGACAGGUGUUGGUUCUUCACGAUAUGUUAGGUCUUAGUAUCACUGGCCGCACACCAAAAUUUGUCAAAAAUUUCAUGGAAGGUGCGUCCAGCAUUCAAGACGGCAUUGUACGCUACGUUUCCGCCGUAAAAGACGGUUCAUUUCCCUCUUCCAAAUACAGUUAUGAAUAGAAGUUAGACCAUUGUCGACCUGAAUGAGAAUAAUAAGGAAGAUCAAUACCCAGUUGGACCUUAGCUUUGUUUUUCUUUCAUUGUUUGCGGACCAGCUUUAUUUCAAAUAAUCCAUUCACAUCAUAACUGGUUCAGUUCCUAUAAUAUAUUAAGAAUAUGUAUGUAAAUGUAGUUGUUCACGUAGUACGAAUAUUAGAAAUAAAAGCCUGCUUUGUUGAUUAUCAA